AUGGAUGUUAAUUCUAAACUACUCAGUUCACAAGACAACGUUAAAGAUUUUAUGAUGACUGGUGUGGAAAAGAAUGUGAAUUACACUUGUGAUUGCAGUGGCAGCAGUAGCAAGUUUGUUUUUGUAACCGCCGAUGAUAUUAUAAACUUGACAUUUGGAACAUUGGAUACAACUGAUAAUUUGUAUGUACAUUAUGCGAGGUUUAUUGGGUUUGGAGUUCACAAGGGUGAUACAACACAUGAAAAAGAUGGAACACAGUGCAGAAGGCGAUAUUUUUGCAACAAGGAAGGAAAGAGAGCCGAUAAAUACAUCUCUAAUUUGAAUAGGAAGAGAAAACAUAAACCGCUGACUCAUACUGGUUGUGAAGCCAUGCUUGUGGUGUACUUUGACGCCAAAACUUCAACUUGA